AUGUCAGUCAUGGUGACGUACAGCACCUCGUGUUGCAACACUGUCAUGGCUGUCGCCAAGGAUUCUACCGUCGGACAAGUCAUGAUCGCAGAAGGCUUCGGCACUUUCUUCCUUUGCUAUGUCGUGCUCGGUAGCAGCGUGACCUUCCCGGUGGACGGUGCGAGGUCCAAGCAGAACAACCUCUCUGGGCUUGCGUGA